AUGACCCAAGAGGUGGGAUCCACCGGAUAUGAUUUGCGUUUUGACCGUCAUCGAUGUGGAAUCCCCCAUGAGAAAUUUGACCCCCAAAGACACGAGGAUAUGUACAUCAAUCUGGAUCGACUUCCAAAUACAGCCCCAAUCAUGCGUUUCGACAAAUUCUUCAUCAAGCCAGCCAAUAGUAAUGAGGAAGGUAUCGAUAUACCCCUAAUAAUAGCUGGUCCCAUCUAUGCUCUGUCUGAAUUAAUUUGGGAAGAAGAAGAGUUGUUCACUUUCAUAGAAAAUUUGGAUGGCUGUUCGUAUAGAAACCCCCAGCCGUACAAUGAGGAAUGUCCAGUUUGCAAAGCCGUUCACCUGAUACUAACUACAUGCACGACUUAUGAAGACUGCAAGCAAGUUUUAAAGGACCUGAAACCUCUAUUAAUUUACCAGGUAUGUCAUGAAAUUUGGUGUCGACUCCUACCUCAACCAAUAGCUAUUGAAGGCAUUGUUCAGAAUCGUUUUGAUGCCUUUGUGUACUCCUAUAUAACCCGAUUUUAUGAUAUGUCACGUCCAUUAGGAGAUAAGGCUGGACCUACAAAGACACUUUCAUGGCCAGAACGCCGAGAAGUUAUGUUAGAGUGGACGAAUGGAUACGCCUUCCAGACGCAUUAUCUCAUCUCGAAAGGUCCUGAGAACAGUAAAAUACAAAGAAUUGCAGCAGGAUUUAUUCUGACUUUUAUGCUACGUUUUUUGAGGGGCUACACUACUUUAUCGGUCCCAGAGUUGAGUACUAAUCCAAAUUCCCCAUAUUUCCUUCUUGAUGCUAUCAAAGCCACCUAUGAAAAGCAGUUGAAUAUCAUCGACGGAGUAGUUCUGCAUCUCUAUCCAGUACUCUUGUUUAUUCCAAAUUGCGACCAAACGGAAGCUGAAGUAAAGAAGUUGCUGAAGGACGUCAUGCGUAUCAUGUUGACAAUGAAUGUGCAAGAGGCCUUCAUGCCGGGAGCUGAUAUCCAGCAAUACUACACGCACAUCAAGGCAUGCGAACUUCAUCCGGGUAUGUGCAUAUGUCGCUGGGCGAAGUAUUUAGAGAGUAAUCCAAGGGGAAGUCCAGAUGACGUGGGUAUGAUAACAUGCCCGCAAGGAUCGACAUCAUUGUCUCAGGCCCCAGGGCCUAACCGUGAUGAGGGAAGGGUAUAUAUUCGCAGAGGAAAGGGAAUCGAUAUAAGGGCCAUUCUACGAGGUUUUUAA